UUGUGGUGACGUGUGACGUAGAUUUCUUCCGUACCGGCAGUGCUUUGUGUUUUUAUUUGUGCAUAUCUCUAUCAAGAAUACAACACGUAUUGCAUAAAUCUAUGUGCAGCAACUCGAUUGCCUGAAUUACAAUGGCCCUGUCGAGGCGAAACAUACUAUCGUGCACAGUGCUACUUAGUGUUUUGUUGAUAACCGUGUUGGGACAUAGCCACUCACAUUCACAUGAUGAAUCCCCUGCUUUCAAAUAUUCUAAAACUGCAAAUGAGAAGAUAAAAGCAGAGCAGACGAAGCCUCCAGUGGACCAGUACGACUUGUACGUGAAAGCCUUGAGUUCAACCCUUUUCAUAAGCAUACUUCCCUUCUUCAUACUAUUUUUCAUUCCUAUUGAUGGAAGCGUCGAAAAGCAGCCUCUGCUCAAAAUUCUAUUGUCGUUCGCAUCAGGAGGUCUACUAGGAGAUGCUUUCCUCCAUUUAAUACCCCAUGCGCUGAUGUCAAGUUCCGGAGAGCAUGGGCACAGUCACAGCCACUCUCACUCACAUGGAGCUGGGGAGGAGGCUCAUGAGCCGCACGACGUCACGGUGGGGCUCGGCGUGCUCGGCGGCAUCAUCGCCUUCCUCGUCGUCGAGAAAACUGUACGACUAUUUGAUGGUGGACACGGCCAUUCCCACAGCGGAGACAAGAAGAAGUCUGACGACAAAUUGAAGAAGAAAGGCAAAGACAAAAAACAAGAGAUUCAAAUAGCUGGAUACUUGAACUUGGCAGCUGAUUUCACACACAACUUCACAGAUGGUCUUGCUAUCGGGGCAUCAUUUAUUGCUGGACAAAAUAUUGGAUAUAUCACCACAGUAACUAUUUUGUUGCAUGAGAUACCUCAUGAAAUUGGAGAUUUUGCCAUUCUAGUGAAGUCUGGCUGCUCUCGUGGAAAAGCAAUGAUGCUUCAGCUAGUCACUGCCUUUGGAGCUUUCUCUGGGACAUUUAUUUCAAUUUAUCUGCAAGGCUCCGGGGAGGGUCUGGUCUCCAGACUGGUGCUGCCAUUCACUGCUGGCGGUUUCAUUUACAUUGCAACUGUUUCAGUCAUUCCAGAAUUAUUAGAAGGGUCUAAUAAGUUAUCACAGUCAGUUAAAGAAAUAUUUGCUUUAUUAGUAGGUGUUUAUAUGAUGGUUUUAAUAGCACAAUAUGAGUGAUUAGGUAAAUAUUUUCUGUUGCAUUUUUAGUAGUAGCUAAUAAGUUUGGCCAUUAAUUGAAUCAAAAAAUAAAAAUUACAUCACAAAUAUUAUAAAAUUAUAGUUUUAUAAUUUGUCAAUACCUUUCCUAUUACUUGGACAUAGUUAAAUUGUCAUUAUAAAUCAUUUAGAAACUGGAUCCAUUGUAGUCAGCUAAUGGGUUCUUUUAAUGUUCUACUUGAGAAUAAAGUUUGUAGAAUGCUAUUUUUGUAAAAAAAAAUUGUAACACCUGCUGUUGAUUAGCUCAGUGUAAACUAUUUAAUGACACAUCCUCCAUGUAGGUAUUAUCAUUCCUAUAACUUUUUAUCACUUGUACAUAAACAUUAAUUUUAAAUGUUCCAUUCUUUCCAUUUGUCUUUAUAGUGUUUUAUGAUAUAAGUGCAAGGUGAUUAAUAGUGACUAUAUUUUAAUAUGUAGAACUAAGUUAACUAGUUACUAUCUGUGAGCAAUAAAUUCUGGCUAUCUUUGUGAUGGAACAAAUCAAAAUGUAGUAGCUUUCAAUAGGAGUAUAGGAGAGUAUUGUAUAAAAAUAAAGAAAUAUAAAUUUUCA